AUGGACUCCAAGUCUCUAUUGCACAUUCCAAUCAACCCUUCAAACCGAAAGCCACUCCUCCGGCAUGCCCCAACUCCGGCUGAAACCGAGAAGCCUCCAAGACUACCCGUAAAAGAAACACGAGUCCACCCUAGCGGGUCCGCGGGCAAUGAAGACGGCAGCAUCUACUUCAUCGGCACAGCAACGACGGUGAUAGAAUGGGCAGGCGUGCGCAUCCUGACAGAUCCCAACUUCCUGCACGCGGGCGACCAUGUGCACCUGGGCCCGGGCGUCACGGCGCAGCGGCAGACCAACCCGGCAGUGGACCUCGAGCAGCUCCCCGGGCUGGACUGCAUCCUUCUGUCGCACUUUCACCAGGACCACUUCGACAAGAAGGUCGAGAGGGCCUUGGGGCGAGAUGUGCCGAUCCUCACCACGCCGCAUGCCGAAGGAUGCCUUACGGAUGAUGGGAUCGAGGGCGGGCCGUUCCGGGCUGUGACCAGUCUUGACCAUUUCGAGAGUGCGAUGUUGGAGGUCAGUGGAUCGGGCGCCGAGUCGAGACCCGUGUUCAAAGUCACGGGCAUGCCGGGGAAACACGUCCCUCUUGGCCCGCUGACGGUCGCAAAUGAGCUCCUGGGUGCAGUGCCACCGACCAAUGGCUGGCUGCUAGAGCUGGGCCAUUCUAAGGACAGCGAGCCUCAGCCGAGAGAUGUUAAUACGGGUUUCCGGAUCUACAUCUCGGGAGACACGUUGUACAUCGAGGACCUCCUGAAAGACAUCCCUGAGUGGCUCAAGGGUGAGAAUAUCGACCUGAUGCUAGUGCACCUGGGCGGCACCACAAUACCCGGCCCAAAGGCACCGGUGGUAAUGGUGACGAUGGAUGCGAAGCAGGGCGUGAAGCUGAUGAGGCUCAUGGAUCCGGACGUGACGAUUCCGAUCCACUACGAUGACUAUGAUGUGUUCUUGUCACCAUUGGAGGACUUUAAGAAGGAGGUCAUUCAGGCUGGGCUGAAGGACAGGGUGGUAUAUUUGGAUCGCGGCGACCAAUACCGCUUUUCAGUCACCAAUGACAGUGGCUCUGCUUGA